UUAGUCGUGUUAGCGUUGACAACAUUCACUAUAUUUACUUAUUUGGAGGUCGUGGACUUGUGGUUAGGUAUCUCUUAGAAUGUAUGUUAGUGGCGUGAUGUGGAAGAAGCUCCCUCAGGGAACUAUGAGUCUGAAAAGAUUCAUGCUGAGAACAGAAGCUUUAAAACUCUACAGAAAUAUCCUGCGGCAACUCAAUAAUCUGCCUGACAAAGAACAACGGAAAGAGAUAAAAGACUGGGCAAGAAGUGAUUUUGAAGCUCAUAGGCAUCAUGAAGAUGAGAACACAAUUAGGUCUCUACUCUACCAGGGCCAGAAACAGCUUGAAGAACUAGAGAAAAGUAUAAGACGUGCCAAUUCAUAGGUUACUUUACUGUAUUUACUCUGACUAUAGAAUGGUGUAUAAUAAUUGAAUAAAAAAUAUUAUCCAUAUAUAA